AUGAGCAACAAGCAACCAGUUGUGAAGCUAGAUGAUGAGCAAAUUGCCGAGCUACGAGAAAUAUUUCGUUCUUUUGAUCGAAACAAUGAUGGAAGCUUAACGCAGCUUGAGUUAGGCUCACUUUUGCGGUCCUUAGGACUAAAACCUAGUCCUGACCAGCUUGAAACCUUAAUUCAUAAGGCAGAUACAAACAGCAACGGUUUAAUUGAGUUCUCAGAGUUCGUGGCUCUGGUGGCACCAGAACUGCUUCCGGAGAAGUCACCGUAUAGUGAGGAGCAGCUAAAGCAUCUGUUCAAGAUGUUUGAUAGGGAUGGUAACGGGUUUAUUACAGCAGCCGAAUUGGCGCAUUCAAUGGCAAAACUAGGGCAUGCCCUUACUGCAGAGGAGUUGACAGGGAUGAUCAAGGAAGCAGACACUGAUGGGGAUGGAAGAAUAAGUUUCCAGGAGUUUUCGCAGGCAAUCACAUCAGCUGCUUUUGAUAAUUCUUGGGUUUGA